AUGAGGCAUCAUCCACGCAGACAGUUGAAGAAGCUGAGUGAGGAGAGUCUAACCAAACCACCGGAGCAGGUGUUCGAUAUCCUGGAGAAGCUCGGAGAAGGGUCUUAUGGCUGCGUGCACAAAGCCCAUUAUAAAGAAACUGGUGAGAUUGUUGCCAUCAAACAGGUGCCAGUGGAGUCCGACCUCCAGGAGAUCAUCAAGGAGAUCUCCAUCAUGCAACAGUGCAACAGUCCACAUGUGGUGCGGUAUUACGGCAGCUACUUCAAAAACCGAGAGUUGUGGAUCGUCAUGGAGUACUGUGGAGCAGGGUCCGUGUCUGACAUCAUCCGAAUACGCAACAAGACGUUGACAGAGGAGGAGAUCGCCACCAUCUUGCAGUCCACUCUGAAGGGGCUGGAGUAUCUUCACUUCAUGAGGAAGAUUCACAGAGACAUCAAAGCAGGAAACAUCCUCCUCAACACAGAGGGCCAGGCCAAACUCGCCGACUUUGGGGUUGCUGGUCAACUCACUGACACAAUGGCAAAGAGAAACACUGUGAUCGGCACCCCGUUCUGGAUGGCCCCGGAGGUCAUCCAGGAGAUCGGCUACAACUGCGUGGCCGACAUCUGGUCCCUGGGCAUCACUGCUUUAGAGAUGGCAGAGGGCAAGCCCCCGUACGCAGACAUACACCCCAUGAGGGCCAUCUUCAUGAUCCCCACAAACCCUCCUCCGACAUUCAGAAACCCAGAUCUGUGGUCCUCGUCAUUUGUGGACUUUGUGCAACAGUGUUUGGUCAAAAACCCAGAGAGCAGAGCUACAGCCACGCAGCUGUUACAGCAUCCAUUCAUAAAGUCGGCCAAACCCAACUCAAUACUGAGAGCUCUGAUCACAGACGCCAUGGAGAUCAAACUGAAGAAACAAGAGGAAGCCGAGCAAAGGGAGCAAGACGCAGACGACGAUGACAACUCGGAAGACGAUGAGGUGGACCAGGGAACCAUGGUCCGAGCGGGUACAGGGGACACAGGGACCAUCAUUUCCACAGGCUCGCUGAGUGGAACUAUGAUCGAGCACGAAGACACAGGAACCAUGCUGGGGACUAUGGUCAUCAACUCGGAUGAGGGCGGAGAGGAGGAAGGAGGGACCAUGAAACGGAGGGACGAUACCAUGCAGCCGGCCAAGCCCUCCUUCCUGGAGUACUUUGAACAGAAGGAAAAAGAGGCCAACAGCCACAACGAGGCAAGAGACAACAAUGGAGACCACCGCAAGCUGCCCACCGAGAGAGACCUGGAGGUGCAGCUCCACACAUGGACAGUGGAGGAACUGCGGCUGCGGCUGGCCUCGUUGGACCCUCAGAUGGAGCAGGAGAUCGAGGAGAUACACCAGCGCUACCAGGCCAAGAGACAGCCCAUUCUAGACGCCAUCGAGGCCAAGAAACGCAGGCAGCAGAACUUCUAA